AUGAGGGUUGGAUGCAAGAGAAACCCCCUGCUGCUGAUUGUUCUGAUCCUGGUGGCCAAGCUGGGCCACUUCCAAAGGUGGGAGGGCUUCCAGGAGAAGCCCAUGAGCAAGAAAAACAUGAACUCCACACUCAGCUACUUCAUUGAAGCCUACAACAAUGCCAGCAACGACACCUACUUGUAUCGAGUCAACAAGCUACUUCGAAGUCAGGUGCAGCUGACGACAGGAGUGGAGUACAUGGUUACGGUGAGGAUCAGCCGGACCAAAUGCAAGAGGAACAGCAGUCAAACGCAUUCCUGCCCCCUUCAGAGCCAUAAAAAGCUAAAAAAGAGUUUGAUUUGUGAUUUUUUGAUAUACACUGUGCCCUGGAUGAACUAUUACCAGCUCUGGAACAAUUCUUGUCUGGAUGCCUAA